AUGAGGUGCCACUUGCUAUUUUUUUUCCUGGGCCUCGGCCUAGUGGCGUGUAUUUCGGCCGCACGGACCGACAAUAGUCUUGAGAACUUGGAUACCGUUAGUGACACCGCUACAGGCAGCGCUUCCGGUACAGGCAGCGCAUCCGGUACAGGCAGCGAUCCCGAUUCAGAUCUGGAUGGCCCGGACAACGAUAAAGUGGUGGAUAAGAUUAAAAAUACCAAAAAUGAUAAAGCCACCAAGUUAAGCCCCGUCGCCAGCCCCGUCGCUAGCCCUGUCGCCAGCCCUGUCGCCAGCCCCGUCCCCAACCCCGUCCUCAACCCCGACGUAGACCCCGACAGCGAAACUGACAUUGAUAUAGACGGGGAAACGGAUCUACUAAAAAUCCCAGCUCCCUUGCGCUUGAAACCCAAUCGCAGGCCCAACAGUCGCAGGCAACCCAACAGAAGGCGCAGGAAUAGGCGCAUGCCAAACAGGCGCAACAGCUUCAGACGCAGGAGCAACAGGCGAAGGAAUAUGAGGCGUAGCAACAUCAGACGCCGUAAUAACAAGGGCCGUUCCCGAAGAAGGCUCAGAAAUCGUGGUUAA